AAUGACGCCCGCCACUACAGGAUCGGAAUGGCUGCAGGUAGCUGGAGGCUUGAAAGCAGAUCGAUGUCGGAACAUAGCAUCGUCUGGGGCGUCAACUCUGGCGAUAACAUCUAUGUCGCGCAACGGUAUUACUGCCGAAACUCCGGAAGGCAGCGACUGGGAGCAAAUCCCCGGCCUGCUUAAGCAAGUCAGCGUUAAUCCAGCGACAAACGAAGUGUGGGGCGUCAAUAGCAACGACAACAUCUUCCGGCGCGUCGGUAUCACGAGCACAAACUACAAGGGCGUGUCGUGGCAGCAGAUCGCAGGUGGGCUCAAGUGGGUCUCCGUCGGACAAGCCGGCGUCUGGGGCGUGAAUAGCAAUGACGUCAUCUUUUACCGAAACGAAACCGGCAACGGCGUAGGCACAUCCGGGAUCACGGCGGAAAACCCCCAGGGUACGGAGUGGGAUAGGAUAUCUGGUGGGCUGAAGCAAGUCUCCGUCAGUGCCACGACCAAUCACGUGUGGGGCGUGAACGCUAACGGCGCCAUCUACCGGCGCGCCGACACAAGAUCGCCGAUUGAAGGGCAACCCGUCACCGGCCGCUUGCCGGAGAUAGGAAGUGCAUGGAGACAAAUCGACGGAGCCGGAAGUGCCAUAGAUAUUGGCAGCGCUGGUGUCUGGGUUAUCGGCAGCAGCAACGCACCCUACGCGCGCCAAUACACGCAGGGACAAAGCGACGUUGACGGCUACGGCUGGGAUCGCGUCGACGGAGAACUCACCGACAUCUCGGUCGGCGAUGGAGUCGCUUGGGGCGUCGAUGCCAACCACGUCGCUCACGUGCGCACGGGCAUAUCGAGGGACGCGCCGACGGGCACGGGCUGGUCGACAAUCGGACCCCUGAGCUUGCGCCAGAUCAGCGUUAACAGUGUGACGAAUGAGGCGUGGGCGGUGGCACCUAACAAUGAGAUCUACUACCGCACCGGCGUCGUACACACGUGCGGCUCCGAAAACAGCGCAGCCGGAAUCGACUGGCUGAAAAUCGCCGGAAGCUUGAAAUUUGUGUCAACUGGUCCUGCAGGUGUUUGGGGAGUGAACGGCAAUGACAUGAUCUAUUACCGCGUGGGCACGAACAACGGGCAGGUCGGCGAGGGGUCAUCGUGGCAGCUGGUGGAGGGCAGACUCGCACAGAUCAGCAGCGGGAACGGCUACGUGUGGGGCGUCAAUUCCGUUAAUGACAUCUACGUGCGAUUGGGCAUCACACUGCGCGACACCUACCCUGCGUUACGGAAAAUGGCCCUCAGGAUACCCGGAAAGCUUGCACGCAUCACCGCCUAGCCAGCAAGG